GAAUGCUCAAAGCCUCGCAAAAUUGUAAAACCUUAAACCUCCCUAACAGAGCUCUCUAUCUGUCUGUAUAUCCUCCGAAUCAAUUAUUAGCUCGAAUUUCUCCUUCAACUGGAAGAAGAAUUCUGUAUAAGGUAGAAUAUGAAACGAAAGAGAGGGAACAAGAAAGGCAAGCAAAAGGGCCCUCCUGUGCCUGCCACAACUGAGGCAGUUGUAAAUUUAGUUAGUUUGGAUGGGGAAGAUAAUUCUGCUGCAGAUGAGGACGAUGAUAAUAAUAACAAUGUUGACAGUCAUAAUAAUGAAGAAUAUGAAUCUGGAAUGGAGAUUGAUACACCUUCUUCCACUGGUACAGACCAGCCACUGAAUCUUGCUAGUAUCAACCCUGAUGGUUCAAUUGACAAGACUGCAGGAAAGUCAGUUGGGCGUGUUAAGGUUAAGCUCAAGACUUCAAAGGUGUUAGAAUCACCGAGCGAUACUGAUAAGAGUAGCCCCCAACUGGGUUUGGAGAAACAAGGUGUGGUUGGUGAUAAAAUGGAAGAUACUGGCAACUCCCUGUCCGAAAUUAAAACUGGUGUUCCUGGACAUGUGUCAAAGAAACCUGGCAGUAUCAAGAUUAAGCCGUCAAAAGUGCUGGGCGGAUUGAAUGUCGAGAAGAGUAGCACUGGAAUGGCACAGGAUGAGAGUUUACAACAAAAGGAACCAAAGACACCUCAUCAAGAAUAUCAAUAUAGCAAACAAGAGUUAGAUUCUGCCUUGUUGGUGAUUAAGAAGGUAAUGAAAAUGGAUGCAGCUGAACCCUUCAAUGUUCCUGUCAAUCCUGAAGCUUUAGGAAUACCUGAUUAUUUUGACAUCAUUGAUACACCAAUGGACUUUGGAACAAUAUGCAGAAAUCUUGAAAAAGGUGAUAAAUAUAUGAACUCAGAGGAUGUCUAUAAAGAUGUUCAAUACAUUUGGGACAAUUGUUACAAGUAUAACAAUAAGGGUGACUAUAUAUUGGACCUCAUGAGAAGGGUGAAAAAGAAUUUUAUGAAGUAUUGGACUGCAGCUGGUUUAUUCACUGAACAAUCAAGAGGUUCCAGUGGUGCUGAAGGUCCUCAAGGGGAGGACAUUGGAGCAUCAAGUCAGGGACAUGGUAAAAGUGGUCAGUCUAAACAGAAGACGAAAAAGCGUCAUGGAAGGCGCCAUAAACUUGAUUGCCUAUGCGCCAUUUGUGUUUUAAAGCGUCGGAGACGAGAGCGUGAGGAGAAUGCUCGACUUGCUAAAGGUCAGACUGGAGGUGCUGAUAACAAACUUGCUCAGGAGUUAAAGCAAGAGGAAUCUUCACUUGUAGAAAGCCCUGGAGGUGAAGAUUCAUCUUCAAAUAUGGAUGAAUCAUUAGAUCCAGAUGCAGAUGCUGAGGUGGAAGGAAAGGGACAGGGAGUGAAAAUUGAGGAUACUGAGCAGCAGAACAGUUCUAUCAAGGAGAAGCAUGAGGAGGCAGAGGAAGACGACGACGACGAUGAGGAAGAGGAGGACGAAGAGGUAGAGAAUGAGAUAGAAAUUAAAAAGACUGGGAAGGUUGAGACACCAGAGUUUGCUGAUAGAUCAGGAGAGGAGCCUAAUCAACAGCCUGGAUUAGCAGGGAAUGCCGGUGCAGAGGGCCAAAAGCAUAAUGUGAAGGGACAUGCAAUGGGGCAGCAUGAGGAAGAAACUCCAAAAGUUCAGCAUAAUAAGGAUAUGGAAUCACAAGAAAGACGGAAGAAAGCUAUAAUGUUUGAGAAGUUCCAUUCUGAAAAUCCCUUGCUUCUCAGUCUUUGCAGAAGUCUCUUCCCUGACAACCAUAAGUCUGUCUGGAGUGGGCCUCACUCACUGGUUCAGCGUGAAGGUUCUGCUCGUAGAAGUUCUAUUCAUGCUGCCGUUGAAACUUUGAUGAAGUAGGUACUUUUUGAUAACUUCACAUUGGCCCUGUUCUGUAAUAUUAGCUAUUUUAGUAGUUGUUAGCCGUAUUAGUAGCAGGUAAUUAUUCUAGCAGUGGUUAGGUAAAAGUUAAAAGAUACUAGGUCAAAACACUGAGUAUUACCUUACCGAACAGGGCCAAUGUCACUACAAAGGAUCUUGAUGCAUUGUGGGUAUUAAAGUGAAGUUUUGUUUAUAUCAAUAUUAAUGGUAAAGUAGAAUUGUUGUGUGUGCA